AUGGAUAUUGUCUGGUCCUGGGUAAAUGGAAGCGACCCUUUGCACGUUGCAGCACUUUCUGAAGCCGAGCACGCGCUGAGUUACGCCACCUCGAAACCCAAACUCUACCGGGAUCAUGAUGAGCUCAGACACUCCAUGCGUUCCGCUCUUGCAGCCUUCCGCAAUGGCGCUGGUAACUUCCAUCUCCUCACAUCAGAUACGCAGGCGCCCUCGUCUGAGUUUUCAUCUCAGCUGCGGUACGGCCAGAUACCCCAAUGGCUCUCUGCAUCGGAUUGGAACGACCACAACGUCUCACUUGUUAUCCGCCACCAUUCCCAGUUCUUCUCACCCCAGGCAUAUGCUGGUCCCACCUUUAACAGUUUUGCAAUCGAGUCACAAUUGGGACACCUCUGUAAUGUGUCGGAGAACUUCAUAUACAUGAAUGACGAUUUCUUCUUCGUGGGGCCGGUGUACCCGGAGGACUUCUAUACGCCACUUUACGGUCCCGUACUGAGGUUCCAGUAUGAUAUUGCCGUCUCUCCGCAUAAUCCUUCCAAGGCUUCUGGCGAUGGAGAAUGGCGUCCGCUAGAUUAUAGCAGUCAUUUGCUGUCGAAGCGUUUCGGCUCGCGUCCAAGACUUUACAUCGUCCAUGCACACAAGUCGAUCAGCCUUCCCAUUAUGCACGAGAUGGCUGCGGGAAUGUGGGCGAAGGAGUUUGAGGCCACCGCCCACCGACCCUUCCGCGGAAUGAAUGGACAUGGAGACGAUGUUCAUCCGGGUUUUUUGUUCAACAAUUACCUGAUUGAUCGGGCCCGAGAGGCGCUAUUGUGGUCUUGGGUAAUAGGUCGUAUCGGUGGGAGCGGAACGCCAUCUGAUAACGCUGGCGGUGACGGGAACGAAGACCUAUGGAUACCAGGCGUGCACGGGCGCCGAGCAUGGGGGGAGCUAGGCGGUAAUUUGGAUGACACCAGGAUAAGAGUUCAGCAACCGAUUCGGGAGACCCUAGAUCAAGAUCGUGUAGAAGGGGCAGUUCAGUCAAGCCGGGAAAACGGGAUGCAGAGCCAGUACAAAUUUUCUUCUCAAGACGGAUGUCCACUGCAGUAUACUACCCCAAACUUACCUGGAUCGCCGCCUCGCCUGGCCACGAAUCCUCAUUUUAAGGGUUACUCGGCCCGCGCGGCUCCGGAAUGUGAGAUAACAUGGAGUGAGUGCUUCGAGAAGGCAGGGAAGCCCAUCAGGAGUGCCAGUAGCAUGUUCGUUCACGUCGCAUUCGAGAAGUUUCGGUGUGGGGAUUGCAUCAUUCGCGCGCUGUUGAACGUCUCGGGACCUCUGGGUAUAUCCGAGUUUCUUCCGUCACCUGAUAGGACGGUGUCCGUAUCGCAUAGCCUAGCAGACUAUGUCCCGACAACAGCACCCCCGCAUCUUCCAUUAGCGUCUGACUACAAGGAUAUCAACUUUUCGUUGGAUUCUGUAAUGGGGCCAUGGCUGGCGGAGGUGUCUAUUCGCCGAGGACGCGGAGCAGCUGUGAAUGUCAGGGAAUGGACAAUGAUGGUGAUACAGCGAUAUCGUUAUGUUGUCGGAGAGCUCGGAACAAGAUUCGCGUCAAUAACGACUGUGGGAUCUGCGCGUAGCCAGCUUAAGAGUCUCAAAGAUAACGCAGAUUUGAGACUGGUAUGUAUCAAUGAUGACUUGGAGAGCCCAUCGAGUGUAGUUGAGGUAAACGAUAUAUUACAUAGAUUUUUCGAAGAGAAAUGGCCCUUACCCGCCGUUUGGGAAGCGUAAUUCAUUUCCAUGCUAAUUUAUAUCAAUAGUCUGUAUACCAACCUGUACUUCAUACCCUAGCUUGCAAACCAAUGACUAUAAUUGGUAGGGAAAGG